AUGUUUGAUUCAUUGAAACUAUUUGCCUUCUUGCAAAAUCUAUCUCAUUUACGUCAUUUAACUGUUUGUUUAACCAAUAACUUAAUUAACGGUUAUCAAUGGGAAAAAUUUAUCCGUCUUUACUUGCCAAAACUCAAAACUUUUGAAUUACAUAUGAGUCAGGAACUUCCUGACAAACAAAAUAUACAAAAUCAAGCAGAUAAAUUAAUCAAUUCAUUUCGAAAUUCAUUCUGGAUUAAUGAACAUCAAUGGUUUUGUCGAUGUUUUAUAUAUAAUAAAACUAUUCAACUCAAAACAUCAUCUGAAAUAUUUUAUUAUUUUCAAUCAAAUUUUCCAGACUGGUGGAAUUCAACAUAUCCACACGAUAAUCAACAAGAGUUUUACAGUAACAUAACCAGCAUUUAUGAUAAUAAGUUUAUUGAUCCUCCAUUUCCGUUUGCUAUUCGUUUGAAUAAUAUUCAUGAUCUUAGUAUAAAACUUCCAGUUACUGAUGAAUUUUUAUCCAUGAUUCCAAACUUAAAUAAACUGAAAUUUCUUAGCAUAUUAUUCUAUACUGAUAUUUAUCAAUCUCAAUUGCAAACAUUACUCGAUCGUGCACCACAUCUUUGUGAUUUACACAUUAAACUAGAUGUAUUAUCACCUUUGAAAAUGUCAUUAUUUGAACAUACGAAUCCAUCAAUUCGUCAACUGACUAUAAUAUAUCAUUGGUUCAAUGAGGAAGAAUGUAUUACAUUGACUCAUUCACCAUUGGGCACUCAAUGCGAAGAACUUUCCAUUGAAGUGAAAAACCGUCAAAAUAUUACUAUUCUUCUUGAAAAUAUGAUUAAUCUUCGAUUCUUAAAUAUUGAAUGUAAAGAUGAUAAGUAUGCUGAACGAUUAUUAUUAAUCGAUGAUGACAAUGAAUUACGUCAGGUCCUUGCAUCAAUCAAGGAUGAACCAGUUGAAUGGUUGAAGAAACAUUUACCAUCAAUGUAUCUAAUUUCUAGAGAUCCAUACUUUGUCAAUCGUAUUCGAAUAUGGAUCUAA